UGCCCAUCAGUGCCACAUCAAUGCCACAUAUCAGUGCCUACCAGUGUACAUCAAUGCCACAUAUCAGUGCCCAUCUGAGCUGCCUUUCAGUGUCACCCAUCAGUGCCAGCUCAGUGCCAGUUAGUGUCGCCUAUCAGUGUGCAUCAGUGCUGCUUAUCAGUGCCGCCUAACAGUGCCAAUCAGUGCUGCCUAUCAGUGCCACCUAUCUGUGCCGCCUAUCAGUGCUGCCUUUCAGUGCCCAUCAGUGAUG